AUGGCCUGGCAAUCUCAAUCGCCCAUGGCUGGUAUCGGAACACCCGCAGGAAUGGUUGACGGCCCGUCCACUGGUGGUCACCCACAGGGGACCGAAUACACUCUUCAAGGUGUGAUGCGAUUCUUGCAGACAGAAUGGCACCGACACGAGCGCGACCGAAACGCCUGGGAGAUCGAACGCGCGGAGAUGAAGUCUCGUAUCGGCCAACUAGAAGGAGAGCUGCGGACUAGCAGACGCCUGCAAGAGUCACUGGGCAAACACGUUCGGUUGAUGGAGACGGCUUUGAAAAGAGAGCGAGAGAAAUCGAGAAAACUUUCGAACAACGAGAGUGUCGAUGACAUCAAAGACCCCAAGGAGAUUGCGCGCGAGAGCGUGGAAUUCUUAAAAGAGCAACGGUUGAACUCAGACUCCAAUGGAAACAUAGAGGAUCCCAGCUCGAGUGAAUUCCGUGAAGAAGAUGAACGGGAGAAGUCGCGUGUCUAUCUAGCCAAGUGUGCCCAAGAAAUCGCAUACCACGUCAUUCCUACAUCCCACCCACCUCCAGAUCUCAGCGACCCAGAUCUCUCAAGUCACUCAUAUGCGAACCAACAACUAUCGCAACAAAAUUUGGAAGAGGCAUACAUUCAACAACAACGACUAAAGGCCAACCAUAUGCUUGGACGGGAGGCGAUUAUCCCACACCAUCAGUCUAUGGGGAAUCAAUACGCGGAAAAUAUGAGUGCCUCCCAAGCUCGAGGCCAUAACCAGUAUAGAGAGGGUUCGAUGCCUCGUGAUGCCAUGGAUCGACGACAGCUCGACACCCAACAGCCUCCCGUAACAGCCAUUGAUAACCGAAAGCAGGCAUAUGAACAUGGUCUGAUUGAUGAACGUGCUGUGACCUCCCAAUCGGCAUAUGAGGCACAGGGGCCUCAGGUGGCGGUCAAGGAGGAGCUGCCCCAAAGGGCGAAUGACGAGGGUGCCGAAGAUAUGGACGGGUGGAAUUUUGAUGAACCCACAGAGAACGAACAAAUUACCGAGCCUAUGCCUCCCCAUCGUCCCGAUACGGAUGCAUUCCCCAACGCCAACUUCGUCGCUAGUGGUACAUCACCCUCUCGGGGCGGAUCACUUUCACAUCGACGAAAGAGCUCUGGGUCUCGACGCAAGAGUGAUGGGGCAUCCGAUGCUCGGGACUUUGCCGCUGGUUUCGGCCAACAAGAUACGAACUUUAAGGUCCGAUUUGCUCUUCGCGGACACCUGGAUGUGAUCCGCUCUGUGAUAUUCACCGGUGGUGGCAGCCCGUCUGAGCCGGAAAUCUGCACAUGCAGUGAUGAUGGAACGAUCAAGCGAUGGAUUAUACCUGCAACAUACGGCACAUUUGGAGCUCACGGUCCUAGCACCAGUAACGAUUUAGACAUCACCAGCUAUUUCACACACCGAGGUCAUGUGGGCGCAGUCACCUCGUUGGCUGCGUGCUCACCCGGCCAGAACAUUUCCAAUGGAGGACGGGCUUUAGGUGACGGUUGGGUGUUCUCGGGCGGACAAGAUGCUAGUGUGCGGGUAUGGGAACGUGGCCGGGUUGAUCCUAAGGCGACUUUGGAUGGCCACAAAGACGCUGUUUGGGGACUCUGUGUUCUUCCUGGGACGUCAGGUUCUAUUUUCGGAGACUCAUCCACUCACUACGGUGGACCUGAUCGAAUCCUUCUCGCAUCUGGUGCCGCAGAUGGUCGGAUUCUGAUUUGGGCCGUCAGCGCCCCUCCGAUCGCUCCACAGGCGGGAUCGCGACGCCAAGGUGGAAGCCGUCGCGCCAACUCGAUCUCGUCGGGCUCCAAUUUCCCCUCCUCUCCUCAACCUAGUGUUGCUUCAUCUACCCCAUUCUACCAUACUCUUGUCCAUCACAUUGUGCGCAAGGAUUCUCCGUCUCCAACAUGCAUUAGUCCCUUAUCGCUCGCUGGCGUCAACUUUGUGGUUUCAUACACUGAUGCCUCAAUCCUCGUUUAUGAUACACGAACUGGCGAGGAAAUUGUCGGCAUGGCCAGCCUUGAGACGUAUGAUGGAACGCCUUCAACCGGCGUGAACUCCGUGGUUGCUACUACCAUUGGAUUUGACGGAUCUGCCAGUCUUGAACCAAAUCGCACCAUGGAGGAGGAGGAAGUCGUUCACGGAGCUACUGGCUCAAGUAGCGUGGAGGGCGUCAUUAUUAGCGGCUACGAGGAUCGGUAUAUUCGCUUCUUCGACGCGAAUAGCGGUCAAUGUACAUAUACCAUGUUAGCCCACCCGGCUGCCAUCGCUUCUCUUUCCUUGUCUCCGGACGGACGUGAACUUGUCUCUGCUGGCCACGACGCUAGCCUACGGUUCUGGAAUCUAGAGAAACGCAGUUGCACCCAAGAAUUGACAAGCCACCGUUUGAUGCGUGGUGAAGGUGUUUGUGCUGUCGUCUGGAGCCGCGACGGACGCUGGGUAGUCAGCGGCGGCGGAGAUGGCGUGGUUAAAGUCUUCUCAAGAUGA